AUGCCAUUGGUCAUUUCCAAUACAUAUCCCUUAAUUGCAGUUAAAUAUUUUGCAAUAUUUGCAUUUGUUGCCUUUUGCAUAUUUAUUAAGAAUCAAGUAUCACUAAAGGUCAAACAUCCAUUCAUUGAUGAGAUUUUCCAUUUACGUCAAUGUUAUACUUAUUGUAAUUAUCAAUUUGAUAAAUGGGAUAACAAGAUAACAACACCUCCCGGAUUAUACUUUCUUGGGUUUGGUUAUGUCAAAGUACUCGAAUACAUUACAGGUAUCAAAUCACUCUGUGAUGACUACAAUGUUCUUCGGUCAUUGAAUUUGGUUGGUGGAUUGAUUGUAUUUCCAAUUGCACUUCAUCGCUUAAAGGGAGCCUAUACUAAUCAAUAUUGGUCAAUAAAUAUCAUAUCCCAGCCAUUGUUGUUCACUUAUUACUUUUUGUUUUAUACGGAUGUUUGGUCUGCGGUGUUGGUGGUGUUGUCCUUAGCUUUGGCCAAAAAUCAUCAACCAUGGGGGAGUGCCAUUGUCGGAUUUGUUAGUCUUUGGUUUAGACAGACUAAUAUUGUAUGGAUUGCAUUUAUUUUAGCUGUAUAUAUUGAUGGAAAGAUUCAGAGAGGUGAAUAUUCAUUCAUUGGUCGAGUCAUCAAGUUUGUUACCACUGCUGUUAGCAAUUUCUUUCUGAUUAUUCCACUCCUUGUGAAUUUCGUAUUGUUUGCAGUAUUUUUGAAAAUGAAUGGUGGGAUUACGUUUGGAGAUAAAGAUAAUCACAAAGUCGGUAUUCAUCUCGUUCAGGUAUUCUACUGUUUUACAUUCAUUAAUUUCUUUACUUGGCCGGUUUGGAUGAAUCGAAAAGUACUUAUAAACUACGGCUUAUUCAUCGUUGGAUCCCACCCACUUCAUCAAAUACUUAAUGCUGCGUCCAUGUUUGGAAUCAAGUUCAUUAUCGAUAAAUUCACAAUUGUCCAUCCAUUCUUAUUGGCUGAUAAUAGACAUUUCACAUUUUACAUAUUUAAGAAAUUAAUUAGCCACAAGUAUAGUCAAGUGAUUACAAUUCCAUUAUAUCAUUUUGCAACCUAUAAUAUCAUAUCAUCGUUGUUACGAACCAAACGAAUGAGAUUGUCUCCUAUCGGAAUCAUAGCAUUCUUGGUUUCUGUCUGUUUAACGAUUGUUCCAUCACCAUUAUUUGAGCCAAGAUAUUACAUUGUACCAUUAAUUUUAUUUAGAGUUUAUAUAACGCCGGUCCAUACCUGGUCUCAUGCAUUAGAGUUCAUUUGGUUGAAUAGUAUCAAUGUUCUAAUGAUGUUGGUGUUUUUCAAGUAUGAAUUUUCAUGGGAUAGUGAACCAGGAUCGAUUCAAAGAAUUAUUUGGUAA